AUGACGUCCCCAGCGGCCCCCCAGCCCCGGCGCGCCAAGCCGAGCCCGCUCCAGCACACCCUUUCCUCCCAGUGCGGCUCCGCCCUGAGCACCGUUCUUCUCUACCCCGUUGAUGUUCUUCGCGUGCGGUUUAUGUCCCAGGACGGGACCCCGGGCCGCCGGCACAACGGCCAGACCUACCGCUCCGUCCUCGGCUCGGCCCGGGCGAUCUACGCGGCGGAAGGGGGGGGGGCCUUCUUCCGCGGCUGCCACGUCGCGGUCCUCGGGUCCGUCGCCGCGUGGGGGAUUUAUAUGUACCUUUACCGCCAGCUAUUGGAAGGGUAUACCGCGCAGCUCGCGCCGCUUCUCGCCCCGGCCGAUUUAACCUCGGGAGGAAAGGAUUCGGGCGGGGUUUCUGCCGCCCUGCACCACUUCACCCGGCGGGCCGGGAUUUCGAUCCUCGCGAGUGCGGCCUCGGCCGUCGCGUGCAAUCCGAUUUGGCUUCUCAAAACCCGCAUGCAGAUCGAGGAGUACGGCUCUCGCGCCGCCGCGGCGGCGGGCCCCCCGAGGCCGAGGUGCUACCCGAGCUUUUCCAGGGGCCUCGCCUACGCGGUGCGGACGGCCGGGGUGUUGUCGCUCUGGCGGGGGGUCUCCGCGCAGGUGCUGCUGAGCGUCCCCAACGCCUUCAACCUGCCGUUGUAUGAGACGCUGAAGCUCCACCUGACGGCCGCCGCGCGAGGGGAGCCCCUGACGCUGUGGGAGAUUUUUCUCUGCUCGACGUCGGCGAAGAUGAUCCUCUCGGUCUUUACGCACCCGAUCGCCGUGUUGAAAACGCGAAUGCAAGACUACCGCGCCCUCCACGGCGACGUGCAGUACCGACGCUUUGUACAAUCCUUCAACCUCGCGUGGAGGCGGGGGGGGGUAUGGGAUUUGUAUCGCGGGAUCGUCCCUUCGAUCAUCCAUUCCACACCACGAUCGGUCUUGCUGUAUGUGUUUUAUGAGCAAUUUUGUAAAAUCUUUUCUAAGGUUAUCGAUUAA